AUGAAACAGGGUCGAAAUGUCAACUUUUUUCGUGAUAAUGAUAAAGAAACCUCCUUACAAGUGACUGUACGCAAUUUUGUCAUUGAGGAAGGAAAUGUCUUUAAACGUUAUGAUUAUGUAAACGAAUGUAAGAACAGACCUUUGGGCCAAAUACCAGCAGUAGAUCCAUCUAAUAUUGGACACAGAAAAUUAACUAGGAAAUUGAAAGCUGAGAUUAAAGCUCUGGCAGCUGAUGUUCUCUGCAGAGCCAGAAAUGUCGUCGAACAAAAUCUUGCUGAUAAGUUUGUUGCUCCUGCUGAUAGACUCUGUCGGAUUUCUCGUCUUUUUUUGACAGACUCCAUGCUCGCAGGAGUUAAAGACGAAGUAUUUAGGAAUAUGUAUAUCUUUCGUUUGGAUUUUCACAAACAUAUGGACUUGUUUAUUUCACAAUUGGAUGUUCUGCAUCAGUUUAUUUUGAAUCAGCUUUGCGCAUUUGAAUUCAGCUAUGUCUUCAUACUUUAUGGAUACGACCUUAUUAAUCAAGAGGGAACUCCUUCUCUGGAUUCAACUAUUAAACUCAAAAAGUGGUUUGAGGAAAAUUUGAGUGGAUAUAAUUUGCAGAAGAGUAAAGAAGAUUGUGUUUACCAAUAUUCAAUUCCUCAAUUUGUUGUCGUCACUAUUCCGGAACUCGGCAGCCAUGCUGAACAAAUCAGGGCUUACAAUAAUGAAUUGAGAAUUCAUGUGGAAAAUAAACAGCGAGAUUGUCCUAAUGGAAUGUUUGGCGAUUUUAUUUUGCUUGACUGGGCUCAGUUAAUGAUUGAGAAUGGUUCAAAUUCGGAUGAAUUGGCUAUCAAUGUAUUAGUGCGGAAGUUAAUAGAUUUUGGUGUUCUCUUCAAAUGA